GUUUAGGUGCGCUCAAUUCAGGUUUCCUGCUUGUGUGUGUCCGCUGACACUUGCUUUGGAAACCGCAGGAGUCACCAUGUCUUUUGAUCUGUCGUCAGCUUUGCCAGGGGGUGAUGAGGCGGUGAAGAAGGAGGAGGCUCAAGAGAAUGAGUUCAGUUGGCCCUGGAGUAAGGAUAAGGAUAAGGACAAGGGUGACAGUAAGGACAAGUCUGACAAAAAGGACAAGUCCGACAGUAAGGACAAGUCUGACAAAAAGGACAAGUCUGACAAAAAGGACAAGUCCGACAGUGAGGACAAGUCUGACAAAAAGGACAAGUCUGACAAAAAGCACAAGUCUGACAAAAAGGACAAGUCCGACAGUGAGGACAAGUCUGACAAAAAGCACAAGUCUGACAAAAAGCACAAGUCGGACAAAGAAGGCGGUGAACACAAGAAGAAGCACAAGAAGAAGGACAAGAAGAAAAAGGAACACAAGGAUGGGAAGAAAUCCUCAUCUUCAUCCUCCAGUGACGAGGAGUGAUGCUUCCUUGGGGACCGGACUGCACUUUUAGCCUCUUAUGAUAUUUACAAAGUGAGUGUGUGCCAGUUUUUCUUCCUGUCCUGUCACUGCUGUCACAGUAACAUACUGAUCUUGUGUAAACAUCUGCUGAUUUCUUAAAGUGAAUGUUCUGUCCACAAACUAAAUGAAGUCUGUUUUUUUUUUUCGCCAAAAGAUGGCAAUGUUAUCUGGGGUGUUGUUUAGUUCAGUUGGUAGAGCAGCAGCCCCAUGUUCAAAGGCUUAGUCCUUGCCGCAGAAGCCCAGAGUUCGAAUCCGAUCUGUCACUCUUCAGCUGUCUCUAUACAAUAAAGGCCAAAAAAAA